CCCCCAGCAGCCGGCACCGGGUGCUCCUGACCUUCCUGUUCAUGGACACGGAGUGCACCUACGACUACCUCUUUGUCUACGACGGCGACUCCCCGCGCUGCCCCCUGCUGGCCAGCCUGAGCGGCAGCACCCUGCCCCCCCCCCUCGAGGCCACCUCCGGCAAGAUGCUGCUGCACCUGUUCAGUGACGCCAACUACAACCUGCUGGGCUUCAACGCCAGCUACCGGGUCUCGCUCUGCCCCCGCGGCUGCUCCGGCCACGGUGCCUGCGAGCCCCACGGCCAGUGCCAGUGUCAGCCUGGCUGGGGGGGGCCCGACUGCGCCGUGCCCCACUGCGACAGCUACUGCCUGGGCCACGGGGCCUGUGACCAGGAGUCCGACCGGUGCCGGUGUCAGCCAGGCUUUGUGGGCGAGGCUUGUGACCUGGCGCUGGGCGAGAACCAGGGUGCCGGGCGCUGGUACAACGUGAGCUCCGGGGACCCCCACUUCCGACCCCGCACGGCUGCUGCUGGCGCCGUCCUGCCCCCCACCGGGGCGUUCUACAUCUUCGGGGGGCUGGACCUGAACACGGCGCUGGGCGACCUCGUCAUCUACAACUUCACCUCCAACCUGUGGCAGCGCCGGGUGCUGAGCCCCUCCCCGGCGGCCCGUCACUCCCACGUGGCCGUGGCCUGGCAGGGCUGCCUGGUGCUGUGCGGCGGGGAGCUGGCCGACGGCUUCCUGGCCAGCGACGUCUGGAUGUACCAACCCCACGAUGGGUGCUGGCUGGAGUUGGCCCCCCCCAACGCCACGGGCUCUCUGCCCCCCGGCCUGGCCAGCCACGCCGCAGCCGUGGUCGACACGUGGCUGUACGUCUUUGGAGGCCGCACCGCCGUGGACGUCUUCUCCUCGCAGAUGUUCCGCUUCCAUCUGGAGAGGUGGCAGUGGGAGCGCGUGGUGCCCGCUGGGGGGAAGGCGCCCGCUGCUGCCGGGCACUCCAUGGUCUUCCACCCGCCUUCCCGUGCCCUGCUGGUGUACGGGGGCCACCGGCCCUCCACAGCCCGGUUCAGCAUGCGGGUGAACAGUACGGACCUGUUCCACGUGGACCUGCGCCAUUGGAGCCCCUUGCGCGGGCGCGACCCCCAGCACGGCCCCCGGGAGCGCGCCUUCCACAGCGCCAGCCUGCUGGGCAGUUACAUGGUGGUGUACGGGGGCAACGUGCACAUUCACUACCAUGAGGAGAAGUGCUACGAGGACGAACUUUUCUUCUACCACCUGGGCUGCCACCAGUGGGUGCCCGGCCAGGCGCUGGCACGAAGCCUGCCCCAUG